GAGAAUUGGGAGGGUUCGGCUGGUUGCUGAGAAAUUUUGUGUAAAAAUGCCUUGUUCGUGGUAGAAAGGUCAAUAUAGAAUAAAAAAGCAACUGCAGCAAUAUAUUUAUAGUUAAAGAUAUUGCCAUUUAUUGUUUGAAGAGCUGAUUACCGGACGAUGACGGAAUACAAGCUAGUUGUAGUUGGUGCUGGUGGUGUUGGUAAAAGUGCACUUACAAUCCAAUUGAUUCAAAACCACUUUGUUGAUGAGUAUGAUCCAACUAUAGAGGACUCAUAUAGAAAACAAGUUGUUAUUGAUGCAGAAACAUGCCUACUUGAUAUUCUUGAUACAGCUGGCCAGGAAGAAUACAGUGCAAUGAGAGACCAGUAUAUGCGAACAGGAGAGGGAUUUUUAUGUGUGUUUGCAGUGAAUAAUAGAAAAUCAUUUGAAGAUGUUGCUAUGUAUAGGGAACAAAUUCAACGUGUUAAGGACAGAGACAAUGUUCCUAUUGUCUUGGCUGCCAACAAAUGUGAUUUGCCAAAGCGAGAAGUCUCUUCCCAAGAUGCAAGACAAACUGCAAAAGAUUUUUCAGUUCCAAUUGUUGAGACCUCAGCAAAAACUAGACAAGGGGUUGAAGAAGCAUUUUUUACUUUGGUUAGGGAGAUUCGAAAGGAUAAAGAGAGGCGUCGCCCCGAAAAACAAAAGCCGCCAAAAGGAAAGUUUAAGUGUGUUGUUUUGUAGUAGUCCUUGCGUCAUAUAUAUGUACUGGUGCGUCUAGUGUGUAGAUUUUUCUCUUAGCGUAUAUUCAAAUCAAGUGAAAAAGUAUUAGUGAAGAUAUUGUUAAUGCCUGUUAGUAAUACCAGUAUUGUUAUUGUUAAAAUGCAAUGCUCUUGUCGCCGAUUUAUUUAAUAAAGGACAGGUUCGUUGGUGGAGUAGCUUAUAAAAUGAUGAAAUUUCUUUUAGAUAACUCAGUUAUAAAGGAGAAUCUUGAGCAAAUCAAUGUUUUUUUAAUUGUUUGUUACGUAUUAAAACCUCCUAGCUAACCAGGCUCGAUCAAACAGUAGGCAGCUACGUGUUUACGAAAGAUAUCAGUCCAGCAAUGAUGAUAACAUCGAAAGGACAAUCCGCAGCGAAACCUCUGCGCAGCGAAUGUCGCCUGUCCUUAUUCGCUAUGUCCGCCAGAGAAGCGGCAAAAGUGGUGAACCCUAUGUUUCUAUUUUAUGCGUUGUAUUACAGGAUGUGUAGCUGAAGCUAGGUAGUGACAAUUCAAUGAUAGUUUCCUAUCUUGUUGCUUUUGAUUGGCAAAAAAUCAAGGUAGUAUUACAUUAUUGUUUUAGUCAGAUUCAGCAUAAGUAGUGUGUACCAACCAAGUGUCAAAUAGCGCCUUUGAUACCCGUUCGAAGUUUAUAUCUCACGUGUUUUACAGUUAAAUAAUUUUGACAGAUAAAGCAAAUAUGUUAGCUUUUGUGUCAUCAUCAGGCAAACAUAUCAGUCUGCCAAACAUUUGAUACAGCGAAUACAGUGGAAUGAAUGCAUUUCCACCCUCCCCUCUUGUGCCGAUUCAACGCUGUGGCUCCCCCCCCCCCAUUUCUAAUGUAUGCAGCCUUCUUUAGAGACGUUUUUCUUCAUUUGAUCCAACGGAAAAUUUCCUUUGGAGUAAAGCUUUUUUUCCUUUGCAAUGAAAGCACAGUUUAUAUCAAAUCUUCCAAAUGAAAAACGGUUAAUCUCACCAAAAACCAAGAACUUUAUUCGAUGAUAGAACUGACCCGGAGGGGGGGAGGGUACUCCUAUCAAGGCUUGACAGGAGGUCUAGUCAAUUUGAGGGUCUUACCAAAUAUCUACCAAGUGGCCAGUUUCGAUAAUAACACAACGGCCCCCACUUGAAAAAUGAAUUUCCGCCACUGCCUUGACUGGACCCCCUGUUAAGUCAUAAUGGGAGUAACCCCCCCCCCCUCACUCCCCCAGGAGAACGGGUGACAGCUACUUGUUCUAGGUGCCCGUUCAAAUCUCCUCACUCUCACCACUAAUGACUAUAAACGUCAAUCAAAACCUCAACAUUACUUUGUUUUUAUAUCCAAUACUUUAUUUGAACAGAUUACCAUUACAUGCAAUCUGCAAGUCCCUUUUUCGUGCAAUUUCUUUUUGUUGUUUGAUAAUUUCAGAGAUUUCAUUUUUCGUCAUUUAGUUUAGAUUAUUUUGGUAAACUCGCAACUUGCAUCAUAUCCUUUUUGCGUUAUGAGGUUUAAAGUGGCCAAGCCUUGGAUCGUUUCUGAGUAACAACAAUGUCAACAUUAUACUAGACACUCUAAAAAUCUGUUGACAUAAAUUGUCAGGUUAUUGAUUUGCAAUAUUAAUGUUUGUCGUGAGAAAUCUUUAUUAUUUCUGUUUUCAAUUUGCAAUUCGCAUUAUAUGCUUGUAAUGCUAAACUAUAUUUCUUAACAUACCUAGAAAUACA